CCGUGGCGGAGAUACCUCUAGGCCUACGCAUUUCAUUUUCUUUUGACUUCAACGCAGCAAAAUGACAGAAGUAUCGGUUACAAAAGAACAAAACAAACAAGGUUCACGUUCUAAAAGAAAGGGUGAAAACGUUGAUAAAUUCAGUCGUAAAAAAUUCAGAAAAAAUAAAAAAGAACAACUGAGACAACCGAAAAAGCCUUCCGAGAAAACAUUGGAAUUGGCUGUUGUGCAGGAUUGUCGCUAUCUCGAUGUUGAAAUUGCAUUAGACGUCGUCACAAAACUCAUUAAGGAUGCGAAUCCUGAUAUUUCGUAUAUUGAACUGCACGAUAAGUUGCCUGCAAAAAAAUCGUUCCUUGAUCUCUCUAACUCGAGUACUCUUCCAAAGGUAAAUGACUACGAGAAAUUAAUUGGCUCCUUAAAAAAAGAUUCAACGAAAGAUUCCUUUAAGAGCUCAAUCAAGGGUGCUCCCCAAUAUAUUAUUGUAUGCUCGGCGGCCUUACGAGUGACGGCUAUCAUCCAAGCGCUCAAAAAAUACCGUUCCAAAGACUAUGAUCUUGUCAAGCUUUUCUCUAGACAUUUUUCAUACGAAGACCACAGGAAGGCUCUUGAGUCUGCUACGGUCGGUAUAGCUGUAGGUACUCCGAAUAGAGUACUGACCCUAUUAAAAAAUAAUGAUCUCAAGCUCGAUAACCUCGACUGCCUGGUUUUGGACGAGUCCUUCCUCGACAAGAAGCAGCAAAGCCUGCUUACCUUAAAACAGAGUACACCGGAUGUUGCAGAGAUGCUACAGCUUCCGCAAAUGUUGGAACGGUUCAAAAAUGAAUCGUCGAGACUUUUGUUGUUUUAACAUGGUCACUAAAGAGAAUAGAUUUUAUUUUUUGUCAAUAGAGCAGGCUAUGGAGCCUAUUACGUUGAAUUAAGAGAGUUGUGUUUCGCUUUCAACUUUACAUAACAAAAAUAACGAUGAUGAACACAGUUUUUGCAUAUACACCACACGAAUAACUAUUUGAGUGAA